GACGAAGCAGAGAUCGAUCAGUUAUUCUACAGGCGUGAAGAGGUACCACAGAGCUCGAGGACUAAUUUAUCCGAUUCAUAUAGUUUUGAACACGUGUCUUUUGAAAAUGGUGCGAGUACUUCUCUUCCAUUACUUCAAAGCGCAACGAAUAUUCUCCGAUUCUCUUCAGCACACCUCUUUUGCCUCUACGAAAGAUUAUCUUUUCCUCGGUACUGGAGAAAUGAAGGUGUUUGUUUACUCGCUCGAGCAACCGAACUUUCCUCUAUUUUGCAAGUUUCCAAUAAUGUCAAAACCUGUCAAGUUGAUUUGUAACGAGAAAGCCAAGUGCGUCGUGACAAUCGAGAGGACAUUCCGACGAAGAAACUCAGUAGGUAGUAAAGUAAACGUUCAAAAUCACUCUCGCGCUUACUUUAACUGGUUCAAGGCAAACCCUGACGAGGCAGUGCGGACUUAUGCGGCGGGACAUUCUCAUUAUCAAAGGCAGGAAUCAGAUAGAAAGUGCAAAGAUUUUCUAGCUUUGGAGAUUUCCACCCAGUUUAAUGUCACAGCUAUUUGUUGCUGCCCAACAAGUGGUAACGUUGCCAUUGCAGGCGCGAAAAAAGUGAGUUUGUUCAGGUGGAGUGGUAGCCUUUCAUAUGGUGGCACAGAUGUCAGUUCAAUGCAUCACGAUCUGGUACAUUUCCUUGACAUUGAACCCAGUAUGAUUGUGAAAGAAGUCGAACUAAGUGACUGUUACCUCGCUGUGAGGUCAAAUCUUGAUGUUCAAGUCCUCAAGCUUGUGUUUACAGUUGAUCAAGAUUCUUUGUCAUCAAGCAGAAGUGGGAAAAGUUCAAGUUCGGGAACAACUCAACAGAAUAGGGCCACAACAUCCCUAUGGGAAUUUGAAUCCUUGCUCCAGCUUACAGAACAAAUCCAAGAGGAACCAAAAGAUGACAACUGUGUUUUGUGGUCCUUUGAUGAUUGCUCACCAUUAUUGUCUUCAAAUCAGCCACUAGCUGUGAAAUCCAAAGAGGAAGUUAUGUUUCCAUCGGUGAGAAAAGAAAAGGUUUACAAAGACUUCUUACCAGAUCCCAAGGAAAUCUUAGGACCUAUGUCAGAGGUACCUGGGCACCCUGUGACUGUGGCAUUUGGAGGGCUCUAUGGAGUUGGUUUUGCUGUGGACGGGUGCAUGUCAAGAGUGAAAGGAAUUACUAUGCUGUACCGCAGAUUUAGAGUGGAACAGCUUAGUAAUGAAGGCAAUGAUUCUGCCACACUUCACACAUUACAACUUCUUCCAACGUAUACUCAAGGAAUAUCUCACAUAAAAGAGAUGCAAAGAUCUCCUUUAGUUCCAAGAACUCUCUGUGACCCGACCAUGUGUGGUAUGUGUUGCCUUAUCUCUGGUCCUAAAGAAGGCUUCCUGUAUGACGUGUUUGAUACCUGUAACCUUUUGUCUUAUUACAAGUACACCACGGAUACAGUCAGUGUUUCCAUCUUCAGUGGUCUGCUUCAUGCAAUAACCAGACAGGGAAUUGAAACUUACACUGUGCGCAUUUAUGCGGCUGCAUCUGAUUGGAUCAGAAAGAAUGCAGCUGAAGACACCCAAGUUGACAAGGGCUUAGGUGAGGAGCAAAAUACGGUGAACAGUGUUGGGGAACAGGAAGAAAAUUUUAUGGAGAGAAAAGAUGUUUAAGAUUUGGCAGGUGAAAG